AUGGCCUCAAAGGCAGUUGCGAAGGCUGCGGCAGGCGGUCUUGUGGAUAUCUCCAAGUCCACGGGCGUCUGGGAACGCAUCCGCCGCUCCCUCGCCCUCGACCCCAACCGUUCCUCCGGUGUGCCCUUGAACCCGACCUUCCGCAACCCGACACCCGGCGCCCUGAACCCCCUCAGCUACGACGACCCCGUCACCCUGCCUGCGGGCGACAUCGCCGACAACCCGUACUGGAAGCGCGACGCCCGCCGCAACUACCCGGCCAUCAGCGUCGUCAACCAGGCCGACGUCGUUGGUCUGCUGUCGGUCGGCUCCGCCGCAAACCCGCGCAUCGAGCUCAUCGGCGAGGCCGGUGAGAAGCAGCUCGUCGCCGCCCGCGAGGAGGCCGCCUCCACGGGCCUGGCGCCGUACCUUGAGAAGAACGCCGCCAAGGCCGUCGAGGCCAGCAAGGAGGCGCUCUUCACCAACGGCCUGCCGCCGACGCCGAGCGGCCAGGACCUCAAGAGCGGAGAGUGGAGCGUGCACAAGUACGAGGUCACCGAGGAGCAGUCCUACGGCGAGAAUCCCGAGUCUAAGAGGUUGUCCUGCCGUCCCUAUGCUGUUCUCCCGGUGGGUAUCUACGCCCUUUUUGUCCCGGCCAUCCGUUCGUUGUCAAGCCCAACGAUCCUCGAUAAGAACGCCAUCUAUGCUUUUCAAAAUCACUUUUACAACUCCUUCGUCCCCGCCACCUUGGCCUCGGCAACAGUCUCGCCUGUCACCCGCUCAAUAAUCUUGACCUUGCCCUGCGCCCUCUUGAGCCUGUCGUCAAAGUCGUUGACGGCCUCGUCGCUGUUCUCCCUGGCCAACGUGUCCGGCUCGACGAGCGCAAACGCCGCCGCGACAUUCUUCUCGAGUCUUGCGUUGGGCGCUAGCGGCGGCAGGGAACACGUCUUUUGCUGUGGUACUUCCGUGGAUUCUUGCGGAUGCUGUGAGGAAGAGUUUGAAGGCUUGGCGGCGGCGGCGCCCUUUUGCGGCAAGGACAGCCGGUUCGCCCAUACGACGGAGCGGCCGUGUAUCCUGCCGCUCUCGAGGAACUUCUCGUAG